ACAGUCCUAUAGGAUAACUCAGCUCGUCACAGACAAUGGCAAGAACCAAGCAAACCGCUCGUAAAUCCACCGGAGGGAAAGCUCCUAGGAAACAGCUCGCCACUAAAGCUGCCCGCAAGAGCGCUCCGGCCACCGGCGGCGUCAAGAAACCUCACCGUUACAGGCCUGGCACCGUUGCUCUGCGCGAGAUCCGUCGCUACCAGAAGUCCACCGAGCUGCUGAUCCGCAAACUGCCCUUCCAGCGUCUGGUCCGAGAAAUCGCCCAGGACUUUAAGACCGAUCUGCGUUUCCAGAGCUCCGCCGUCAUGGCUCUGCAGGAGGCCAGCGAGGCUUAUCUGGUCGGUCUGUUCGAGGACACCAACCUGUGCGCCAUCCACGCCAAGAGGGUCACCAUCAUGCCCAAGGACAUCCAGCUGGCUCGCCGCAUCCGUGGAGAGCGCGCCUAAACCACUUUCUGACGUUUAAAUUAAAACCAAAGGCUCUUUUAAGAGCCACAUCAA